AUGCGAGUCUCCGCAUACUUCCCGGCCUGUCUUCUAGGGGUCUUACUUGAUGCUGCCAACGCAUCUCCAACACCAAGCGACGGCAUGGUGGUAAAGACAACUUCAGGUCAAAUCACGGGCUUCAUCAACUCAACACAUCCCAACGUUCGCCAGUUCUUAGGCAUUCGUUAUGGGAAACCGGCGACACACGAGUUGCGCUUUUCUCCACCUCGGCGAUAUACAAGCAACGCACCCUUCAACGCCACCAAGACGCCUGAUGCGUGCCCUCAGUUUGUGAGCACUUUGCAUAACGUCAUCAAUGAUGCGGUCACCGAAUACAACAACUUCGCCCAGAUCAGCGAAGACUGUCUCUCUCUCUCGGUUUGGGCCCCGAAAAACAUCAACAAAGACGACAAAGUGCCGGUCUUCACAUGGAUUCAUGGCGGCGGACUGCAGACUGGUUCUUCGUCUGUGCCUCUGCAGCAACCUCCGGCAUGGAUCCAGCGUAGCAAGAGUCACAUUGUUGUGGCAGUGCAGUAUCGUCUGAUCAUCUUUGGCUUCCCCAAUGCCGCUGGCCUCAAGCAGUCCAACUUAGGUCUCAUGGACCAGCGCAUGGCCAUUGAGUGGGUCAGGGACAACAUUGAAGCAUUUGGUGGUGACCUGAACAAGUUGGUUCUAUGGGGCCAGUCCUCUGGUGCUGCAUCUACGGAUGCGCAGAACUUUGCGUUCCCUAAUGAUCCUUUCGUUAAGGGCAACUUCUCAUUUGUGGCGAAAGAACUCGGUUGCCCUCCGGUCCCGGAUGCUGAGCUGGUUUGCAUGCGUUCCCAGCCAACUGAGCGCAUCGUCAACAUUCUCACGAACUACACCGAUACCAUGGCAACGCCACCUCUGAACUUCAUCGCAACUCCGGACGAGAAGUGGAUGUUUUCCAACUAUACAGAUCGCUAUGCCAAGGGCCUCUUCAGUGAUCGUCCCGCGAUCUUCGGCUCCAAUCUGCGCGAAGGAAAUAUCAUGGUCCCGUUCUCAAAGGACCCAGUGCACAUGGGCGUCAACGAUACCAUGUCCGAGAUAUUGACGCUCGCCCUUUUCCAAUGCCCAGCUGCACACUCCGCCGGGAUGCGAGAAGCCGCGAAGCGAAAGACGUACCGAUACCUGUACAGCGGCAACUUUACUGAUAUCAGUCCGUGCUUCUGGGCCGGCGCCUAUCACAUGACUGAACUGCCUCAGAUCUUUGGUACGAGGGGAGAUUUCAAAGCUGCUGCUUCAGAUUAUGAAGUCCAGACAAGUGAAGCGAUGCAGGGCUUGUGGUUGGGGUUCGCACAGAAUCUGGAUGCUCCAGAGAAGGCUGGUUGGCAAGAGGCCUACAGUGGAAAGAUGAUCAUGUUCGGAGCGCCUUGA